UUCGUUAUCAAUGGGGUGAUGUGGUUACGCAAUCUGUUAUGGCUGAUGUGGAAUUUUUCUAUUACUAGUCUGAGCUAUCACCCCAUGUUCAUUCCAUUGAGGUUCAAUAAUACCAAUGGAAUGCAUGAAAUUUCUUAGAAUGAUAAUAUACUGCCACAUCCUGGUCAUAAUUUUUUAAAAGAAAUACUGAGGAUAUUUGUUAAGCAUUUUGUUUCAACAGGAUGAAUUAUAAAAACUUUCAUCAACUUGGUACUCGCCUAGUCCGCUUGUAUUCAAGUAAUAAGUUCCUUACUAAAGAUCUUUAUCCAGAUGUUAAACGUGGCGAUUUUACUAAACUGACAUCAGGGCAUUUGCAAAUAUUUGAGCGUUUGCUUGGUAAAGAAAGAGUUCUAACUGACAAAGAUGAUCUCGCAAGUUAUAAUAUGGAUUGGCUAAAAAUGGUUUGUGGCUAUAGUGAGGUUGUACUUAAGCCUAAAACUACUGAAGAAGUUUCUGAAAUAAUGAAGAUUUGCUUCAAAGAACAUCUUGCGGUGUGUCCUCAGGGUGGUAACACUGGUCUUGUUGGUGGUUCUGUUCCUGUAUUUGAUGAAGUUAUUGUAUCACUAUCAUUAAUGAAUAAAAUUCAUAACAUUGAUGAAACAACUGGAAUGGUGACCUGCGAUGCUGGCUGUGUACUUGAGCGACUUGAUAAUGAAGCUGCCAAGAAAGGUUUGAUGAUGCCUUUAGACCUGGGAGCGAAGGGUACCUGUCAAAUAGGAGGCAACAUCGCAACUUGUGCUGGUGGCCUUCGCCUCAUAAGGUAUGGCUCCAUGGCUGCCAACCUUCUCGGCCUAGAAGUAGUUCUGGCCAAUGGUGAGGUUUUGUCCAUGAUGAACCAUAUGAAGAAAGAUAAUACUGGUUAUCAUCUAAAGCAGCUGUUUAUUGGCUCUGAGGGUACCCUGGGAAUUAUUACAGGAGCUGUAGUUCAGUGCCCACCGAGGCCAAAGUCGGUGACCUUAGCUUUCUUAGGCCUUCAAAGCUAUGAAGACGUUCUUAAGACAUACAGACUGGCAAAAUCUCUCCUGAGUGAGACCUUAUCAUCAUGUGAAAUGAUGGAUUCAAGAUCCAUGGAGUCUGUUGAGAGGAUUGGUCUUGCUUGCCCAAUAAAUAAGAACAAAUUCUAUAUGGUGAUAGAAACCCACGGUUCCAACAGCAGUCAUGAUGAAGAGAAGAUGUCCAAUUUUGUGGCAGAGGCAAUGGAUGACGGGGCUGUAGUUGAUGGUACUUACUCCUCUCAACCAUCCACAAUGCAUAACCUUUGGCAGUUACGAGAGAGGAUCACUGAAUCACUCACCCGCUUCAACUAUAUUUAUAAGUACGAUAUUUCACUGCCAUUGGAACACUUUUAUGAAGCUGUUAUUGCUACUCGUAAGCACUUGGAAGAAAAAGGAUUUAAAGAUAUCCAAAUUUCGGGUUUCGGCCAUAUUGGUGAUGGAAAUCUACACUUAAAUGUUGAAGACAAAGCCUUCUCCCGGGAAUUGCUUGGUGCCAUUGAGCCAUGGCUCUUUGAAUGGACUACAGAGCGUGGUGGGUCAAUAUCUGCUGAACAUGGAAUGGGUUUCAAAAAGCGGAAAUUCAUUGGCCUUGGAAAGAGCCCAUCUGUAGUUGGAGUAAUGGCUGGAUUGAAGAAACAGUUCGAUCCAACAGGCAUUUUGAACCCAUAUAAAGUCAUCUGAUUUCGUGACUAUUAAAGAUUACACAUCUUAAAACCCUAUUGCUACUGUGUAUCUAUUAUAUAACUUGUGUCCAUUAUAUAAUUAAAUAAUCGUUGAUUCCUCUUUUGAAAAAAUGGAAGAUUUAAAGAAAUAUUAAUAAAUAAAUAUUUUUUUAUGAUAUCUCAAUGAUUUUUGACUCCAUAUAAUUUUGUGCCAUGAGCCUUAUAUGUACACUUUUGUUUUCCUUAAUUGGAUUUUGUGAUAUCUUAACCUUAUUUAUGUCACUCAUCCAUACGGGUAUUUUCAUUUACACAGCUAUAAAUAUAUCUAUUAUGAAAACUAUUUUACUAAUAAAAUUUUAAAAACAUCUGACUCACUUUAUUAUAAUCCAUAAGCAUUUUAAAACCCAAUUUGUAGUUGUUUUUUUUUUGUAUUUUAUGUGUUCAUUACGCCCUUUUAUGAUCACUAAUCCGUUGCGAAGUUUAUUAAAGAAAUAAACAUUUGGUUGAUAAUAUCAUAAUUAGUUUUGAUUCUAUAUAUUGUCUUAUAAAUUCAACAUCCCCCAACUAAAUUCUCCCAACUUUAAAAAUAGUUUUUAAAUAAAAAAAUUUCCCAGUCCGCUGGUGUUCCCCAAGGUAGUAUCCUAGGCCCUAUCCUCUAUACAGUUUAUACAGCUGACAUCCCUACCUAUCCCAACACUGUCAUCACCACAUAUGCCGAUGACACAUGUAUCCUAUCAGUAAAUAAUGACCCAGCAAUUGCCUCCCAAAUGCUUCAAUCACACAUCAUAAAUCUAGAAGAUUGGUGUCAAAACUGGAGAAUUAAAAUAAACUCCAAUAAAUCCCACCAAAUUACCUUUACCCUUCGUCGUAAACCAACGACUUCCUGUCCUACGGUUUCCUUUAACAAUACUCCACUUAUCCCUGUUGAGCAAAUCCGAUACCUAGGACUCCACCUGGACAAACAACUAACUUGGAAUCCUCAUACUAGACUGAAACGACAAGAAACCGCUCAAUGUUUCCGAUUACUUCAGCACUUACUAGACAAACGCUCUAAAAUUCCAAUUAAUUACAAAAGACUCAUAUACUUGACUAUAAUAAGGCCUAUUUGGACUUACGGAGUUGAGCUAUGGGGCUCCACUAAACCAUCGAAUUCCUCUCGUAUCCAAUCCUUACAAUCCAAAAUCCUCAAUGCUCCCUACUUUGUUACAAAUAAAACCAUCCAUAAUGACCUUAAUGUUUCUUUUGUUUCAGAUCUGGCCCAAUCCAGAUACCUAUCCUUCCAUAAUAAACUUCAGAAUCAUCCCAACCCUCUCGUUUCUAACCUUGCUUCCUCUUCAAUUCCUGAUAACCCUCCGAGGCAUCUGAAAAGAAGAUGGCCACGUGAUCUCCUAAUGUAAACAUAUCAUUAGAGUGAUACGAUUGAGUAGUUACUCAGCAAGUAUUUUUUAUGUCAUUAUAU